UAUUUCCAGCUUCAUUACUUAAAGUGCAAUAUUUAUCUGCUGAGUAACGUUCAAGGUUUUCAUAGCUGCUGACCCAUAGGCUAAAUAGAGUUUGAAAGAAUGACCAGCUGUCCAGUGCAACUCUAGAUUAUUUUUAGUCUCUACUUACUUUUGGAGCUAAAGCAGGCAGUGACUAGUAGAGGGAUGAGUCACUGCUGAAGAGCCUUGGAGGGUUCUCCACACUAAAAGUUGUUUAUCACUCCAAGCAAGCUGGAUUAAAGUUCACUUUUGUCUCCUAKAUUUUAGCCCAAAUCGAAGAAGGUAAAAAGAUGGAAACAACUGACAAUGAAAUGAAAGAUAAACCUGAAGAAAAACCUCAAAUCCCCAAAUUAAAUGGACAGUCAGCUUCUUCUGCAGAGAAUCAAGAAAACAGUGCUCAGGUCCAAACUGUCUCCAAAACAGAUAAAGAAAAUGCUAUUAAGCCAAAACUCCAGAUAACUUUUAACACAUUCACGGUCAAGAAUGGGGCAGAUCUAAAAGUAGAGAUCCCUGUGACUGGGCACCCUGCACCAAAGAUUGAAUGGCAAAAAGAUGGUCAGGCAGUUAAGGAAACAUCAAGGCUAGAGGUUUUAACUAAAGCAUCACUGACUGUCCUACAUAUCAGACAUGCUGCCAGGGAGCACUUUGGGCAGUAUUCUGUUACAGCCAGCAACAGUGCUGGAAAAGACACAGGUGAAGUCACUGUGGUUGUUCUUGAGAGGCCAGAUCCACCUUCAGGGCCUGUGAGGGUUGAUGAGGUCAGUUCUGACUAUGUUAUUAUCUCUUGGGAGCCACCUGAAUAUACAGGAGGCUGUCAGCUAGACAAUUACAUAGUGGAGAAACGGGAAACUACAAGUACAGAGUGGCAAACUGUGUCAGCAACAACAGUAAGAACCACAAUCAAAGUCACAAAAUUGAAAACGGGAAAUGAAUACCAGUUCAGAGUGUUUGCCGAAAAUAGGCACGGAAAAAGCACAGCAGUCACCUCUCCAGUUGUGACGGCACAGUAUCCAUUUAGUGUCCCUGCUGCUCCUGGCACUCCCUAUGUGUCCAGUGUGACUAAGUACAACAUGGUGGUUGAGUGGGAGCCUCCACUCAGUGAUGGAGGCAGCCCCAUCACUGGCUAUCACAUUGAACGUAAAGAGAAGAACAGCAUUUUAUGGACCAAGUUAAACAAAUUUGGGAUACCUGACACUCGCUUUAAAACAAGUGGAUUGGAGGAAAGCAUUGAGUAUGAAUUCAGAGUCUUUGCUGAAAAUAUUGCUGGACUAAGUCAAUGUAGUAAUACAUCUGAAUGCUAUGUAGCAAGAGACCCCUGUGAUGCACCUGGGAAACCUGAAGCUGUUGUUGUGACCAGAGACAGCAUCACCCUUCAGUGGGAAAAACCCAAGUAUGAUGGAGGAAGCACUAUUACAGGAUACAUUGUUGAAAAGAAGGAGCUGCCAGAUGGUAGAUGGAUGAAGGCAAACUUCACCAAUGUCAUUGAGAAUCUCUUCACCAUCACAGGUCUUACAGGAGGUCAAAGUUAUGAGUUUAGGGUAACUGCCAAGAACAGUGCUGGUGUUUGGAGUAUGCCCUCAGAAAGCAUCACCAUUCUUGCUCAGGAUGUUAUCGAAGGACCCACUGCAUUUAUUGACCCCAAGUUUAAGAGCACUACUGUUGUUCAAACAGGAGAGGCAUUUGUUAUUGAUGCCGAUUACUUUGGAAAGCCCCUUCCAGAAGUUAGAUGGCUGAAAGAUGGAAAAGAAAUUGACAAAGUUACACCAAGAAUAGAGAUAAAAAGCACUAUCACUCAUACAACGCUCACUGUCAGAGAAUGCACACGUGUGGAUGGAGGGCGGUAUGUCUUGAGCCUCAGUAACAUUGGUGGAAUGACAUCCAUUCCAGUUAAUGUUAAAGUCUUAGACAGACCUGGUCCACCCGAUGGACCACUGAAAGUGAAAGUUGUGAGUGCAGAGAAGUGCAAUCUUCACUGGAAUCCCCCUCUACAAGAUGGAGGUGCUACUGUCACCCAUUACAUUAUUGAAAAAAGAGAGACCAGUCGAGUCACCUGGACAGGGGUUGAACCUCAUGUUGAAGCUGCAAGUUACAAAGUGUCAAAACUCGUACCUGGCAAAGAAUACAUAUUCAGAAUUGCUGGUGUGAAUAAAUUUGGUGUUGGUGAAUUUCUCGAAUCAGAACCUUUUAUUGCUCAAAAUCCUUUCACAACACCUAGCGCACCUUCUACCCCUGUAGCUAGUGCUGUGACCAGUGACUCAGUUCUACUAACAUGGGAAAGGCCUGAAAGUGAUGGAGGCUCAGAGAUUGAUGGCUACAUUCUGGAGAAACGUGACAAAGAGGGUGUCCGAUGGACAAAAUGCAACAAAAGGAGGCUAAAUGACUUGCGUUUUCGAUGCACAGGGCUUACUGAAGGGCAUUACUAUCAGUUUAGAGUUCUUGCAGAGAAUGCUGCAGGWGUGGGUGCACCCAGUGAACCAAGUGAGUAUAUUAAAGUAUGUGAAGCUAUUUACCCUCCUGGUCCACCUAGCAACCCAAAAGUGACAGAUUAUUCCAGCAGCACUGUUUCUCUGUUUUGGUCAAAACCCAUCUAUGAUGGUGGAGCAACCAUUAGUGGGUAUGUUGUUGAGAUGAAAGAAGCAGCAGAGGAUGAAUGGAUUACAUGCACAUCAAGUCCAGGUGUACAGGACACAAACUACACUGUGACAAGACUCAGAGAAAAUACAGAAUACAAUUUUCGCAUAUGUGCAAUAAAUUCUGCUGGUGUUGGAGAACAUGUAGCUCUUCCUGGGUCUGUGGUUCCAAUUGAGAAAGUAGAAGCACCAGAGAUUGAAAUGGACACUGCUUUGAGGAAAACAGUCAAUGUUCGAGCCUGUUCCACCUUACGUCUCUAUGUUACCUUCAGAGGAAAACCAGAACCUGAAAUUAGGUGGUCAAAGGAAAGUGACACUCUAAGCGAGCGUGCUCAGAUUGAGAUAACAAACUCAUAUACUGUUCUACUAAUAGAGAAUGUCAACAGAAAUGACAGUGGAAAGUAUGUGUUGACUGCUGAGAACUGCUGUGGCACUAAAUCAGCAUUCAUCAAUGUCAGAGUUUUGGAUUCCCCCAGUGCACCAAUGGCUUUAGAAGUAAAGGACGUAAAGAGAGACUCUGUAUCCAUCUCCUGGGAACCCCCUCUAAUUGAUGGAGGAGCAAAGAUUUCUCACUACAUUGUAGAAAAGCGUGAGGAGGCCAGGAAAGCUUUCACGAGUGUCUGUGGCAACUGCGUAAGAAAUUUCUAUAAGAUUGACAAUCUACAGGAAGGAUGCUUCUACUACUUCCGUGUCCUGGCAGUAAAUGAGUUCGGCACUGGACUACCAACAGAAACUCCAGAGGCAGUUAAAGUGUCUGAAGCUCCCCUGCCACCUGGCAAAAUCACUCUGAGCGACAUCACUUGUAACAGUGCAAGACUCUCUUGGGAAAAGCCUGAUCAUGAUGGAGGGAGCAAAAUCACAAGUUACAUUGUAGAAAUGCAAGCUGAGGGGGAAGAUACAUGGAUUAAAUAUUCAGAGAGUAAAGCACAAGAAGUGGCUGUAAAUGGGCUGACACAAGGAAAGGAGUAUUUCUUCAGAGUCAGUGCUGUUAAUGAAAAGGGAAGGAGUGAACCAAAAUCUCUGUUGACACCCGUUAUGGUAAAAGAUACCAGUGCUGAACCUGUUUUUAAUCUACUGACCAACACGUUUAGUGUAAAGGCAGGAAAUGAUCUGAAGAUUGAUAUUCCAUUCAUGGGAGUGCCACCACCAAUGGUAGCCUGGAAAAGAGAGGGAAAUACCCUGAAAGAGACAAGCAGGAUAAAUGUACGCACAUCUGACARGACGUCUCAAAUUAUUAUCAAAGACGCAACCAGGAUUGAUGCUGGUACAUAUAAGAUAAUUUUAACUAAUUCCAUAGGAACUGCAUCAGCUGAAAUCUUUGUGAAUGUUUAUGAAAGACCUGGACCACCUACUGACCUCAGCAUAGAUGAUGUGAGCGCUGACUUUGUGUCUCUAUCAUGGCAGCCCCCAUUUUACACUGGUGGGUGUCCGAUAAGUAACUACAUUGUUGAAAAAAGAGACACGGGCAGCUCAAUAUGGCAGACUGUGUCAGCAACAGUCGCAAGAUCAUCAGUCAAAAUUUCCCGUCUGACACAAGGCACUGAAUAUCAAUUUCGUGUUGCUACAGAGAAUCGUUAUGGAAAAAGCCCGUUCAUUGAAACAGAUACUAUAGUUGCCCAGUAUCCUUUCAGGCCACCUGGUCCACCAACCAGCCUCCAUGUUGUGCAGGCCUCAAAGUCUGUAAUGACCAUUGCUUGGAGCCAGCCAGACAGUGACGGUGGCAGCCCUAUUAUUGGUUAUCAUAUUGAAAGCAAAGAUCAAAGUAGUAUUUUAUGGACAAAACUAAACCGAAACCCAGUGACGGAGAACCAAUAUAAAGUUACAAGUGUUGAAGAAGGUCUUGUAUAUGAGUUCAGGGUCUGUGCUGAAAAUAUGGCUGGUGCUGGACCCUGCAGUCAGACGUCUGAACCUGUACCAGCAAGAGACCCAUGUGAGCCUCCUUACAAUCUCACAGUAACCAAUGUGACAAACGCUUCAGUUUCACUCUCAUGGGACAAACCAAAAUACGACGGAGGGGCUAAAGUAACUGGCUACAUUGUUGAGCGUAAAGAACUGCCAGAUAGUUGCUGGCUUAAGUGCAACUUCACAAAUUUAUUGGACACCUUCCUGGAAGUGACAGAACUCACAGAGGGUGAACAAUAUGAUUUUCGUGUCAUUGCAAAGAAUGCAGCUGAUCUCUUCAGUGCACCCUCUGAAACCACUGGGCCUAUUACAGUCCAGCAUGAUGUGGAGCCACCCAAAAUUAUCUUGGAUGACCAAUUUAGACAGGUGGUAGUGGUCAAAGCUGGAGAGCUUCUAAGAAUAGAUGCUGACAUCUCUGGCCGCCCUAAUCCAACUGUGUCUUGGUUAAAAAAUGGAAGAAAUACUGGGACCAAAGGAAGAGUUGAGAUAAUGGCAACAAAGACUCAUACCUCUUUCCUUAUCAGAGAGUGUGUUAGGAAAGAUUCUGGGCAGUAUACUCUGACCUUGCAAAAUACAGCUGGUACUACGUCGAAAGUUAUCACCUGCAAGGUGCUGGACAGGCCAGGCCCUCCAGCUGGCCCUCUGGAAGUGUCUGGCCUGUCAGCAGAAAAGUGCACAUUGUCUUGGGGACCCCCUCAAGAAACUGGUGGUGCAGAAAUUUUACAUUAUGUUGUUGAAAAGUGUGAAACAAGUCGUGUUUCCUGGACUCUUUUGUAUGGAGACAUGAUGGCAACAUCUUGUAAGGUAACAAAGCUUCUCAAAGGAAAUGAGUACCUGUUUAGGGUGAGGGCAGUCAACAAAUAUGGGGACGGUGAGGUUUUGGAGAGUGUGCCAAUAAAAGCCAUGGAUCCCUUCACUGUCCCAUCUGCUCCAACAGAUGUGGAGGUCUCAAGUGCGACCAGUGACACAAUGACUGUCUGCUGGAAAAGGCCUGUCUCUGAUGGUGGUAGUCCUAUCAGUGGUUACAUCAUUGAGAAAAGGGAAAAGCAUGGUGUUCGCUGGGUCAGGGUCAAUAAAAAAACUGUCUAUGACCUACGAGUUAAGGCCUCAGGCCUACACGAGGGAUGRGAGUAUGAAUUUAGAAUUUUUGCUGAAAAUACUGCAGGUCUAAGUGAGCCUAGUAUACCAUGUCCUCUUACUCUGGCAGAAGAUCCCAAGUUUCUCCCCUCCCCUCCAACAAAGCCCACUGUAGUUGAUUCAUCCAGGUCAUCCAUCUUUCUGACAUGGAACAAGCCUUUGUUUGAUGGGGGAGCACCAAUUACAGGGUACAAAGUUGAAUUCAGAAAAUCAACAGAGGAAGACUGGACUGUUGGUGUUCACAACACAGAUAAAACUGAAUGUACAGUAACUGGACUCACAACUGGAGCAGAAUAUGUUUUUACAGUUAGAUCRAUCAAUAAGAUGGGUAUCAGUGAACCCAGUCCUGAAACAGAUCCUGAAAUAGCCAUUGACAGAGAGGAGGAGCCCAGAUUCGAUAUUAGCCCRGAGAUGAGGAAGACCUUGCUUGUUAAAGAUGGCAGUUGCUUCACCUUGACCGUGCCUUUCACAGGCAAACCUACUCCUAGUGUGUCAUGGGACAAAGUAGAUGUAGAUCUUAGGGUAAGAGGAGUUAUCAGCACCAGCAGUACUGUCACAUCUAUUUCAGUGGAACAGGCAACGCGUGAUGAUUCUGGCAAAUACACAGUGAAACUCCAAAARGUUGCUGGAUCUGCAUCUUUAACCCUGAAUGUGAGGGUUUUGGAUUCACCUGGGCCUCCGAACAACAUAACAGUCAAAGAUGUGACUAAGAACUCUGCUACUGUUACCUGGGACAUCCCUGAGAAUGAGGGAGGAGCCCCUGUGAAGAACUACCUUGUAGACAUAAAAGAAAUUAGUAGGAAGGGGUGGACAAGACUCACGGACAAAUGUCGCCGACUGUCCUACAAGGUUUCUGACCUGGAGGAGGGAGGAAUCUACUUCUUCAGAGUCACUGGUGAAAARGAGUAUGGCACUGGGGUUCCAGCUGAGACCAAAGAAGGAACAAAAAUGACAGAUCCAACAGACUGGGAAACAAACCAAGGAGCUUAGCUUGUUCCCCCCCGAGUUGAAGUAAUCAUCGCUUCAUCAUCUAACAAGAUUUGCCUUCUUUUUUAACUUCCAAUACAUUCAGUUGUUUUUAAAGUUGUUUGUUCAGUUAUGCUCAUCCUUUGUUUAACUGCUCUUUUUUGGUAACUAAAUGAUCUAUAACUUGCUGUAAAACUAAAACUAUUUAUAAGGUAUUAAAGUAACAUUUUUCUUUAAUUUUAUUUUUUAUUGUAUCAUGUAUUUUAGAUUGUUUCACUGGGUGUUCUUGCAAGCUUUUAAAGGUUUUGGUAUUUUAAAUUAAUUUUGUGUUGCAUGUUUGAGCCCAAUGUCAAAGAUAAGUCUCCAUUUUAUGGAAUGUUAUGGACAAUAAUGUUAUCUGGGUUGAUUAAAGUACUUGUUUUAGAUAGUAUUAUGAAUAACAGAUUUUUUUUUCAUAGAAUGGAAGAGUACCUUUACUGUUGUGUUUUAAAACUGCAAUAAGACAAUGCUGAGUUUAAGUUAUACUCAGUAAUCGGACUAAAGCAAAAGUAUCAAUGCAGCAAAAAUAAAACACUGCAAAAAGCYUUGUCUGAGAUUUGUAAAUUCGAUUUUGGACAAAUAAACCAAGUUCUCUAAAUUUCUGGGUAUCAUGUCAUUUUAAAUGCAGUGUUUUAUGUAUAUCUGCUAGAGUGAUUCUGUGUAAUUUUAUUUCUUUAUAAAAGAGGAAAAUACUUUUAA